UCGCUAUAUAUCAGCAGACCGGCAAAAUACACGGAAGCAGACUUUAACGGCUCGAAACAAUCUUGCAAAAAUAACUCCAAGACAAUCUUUUGGAAUCUACUCAUUGCUUUGACUGAAGUACAUUUGGAUCUACAACACUACCUUUUACACUUCAAUCUUAACUUCUCUCAACUGUCAUCAUGUCUUCACAGCAGAUCAGUCUCCCAGCCAAGCUCAUUAAUGGAGGUAUUGCUGGCAUUGUUGGGGUUACUUGUGUCUUCCCCAUUGACUUGGUAAAGACCAGGUUGCAGAAUCAAAGACAAGGUCAGCAGGUCUACAAGAGCAUGAUGGACUGCCUUGUCAAGACAGUUCGAUCAGAGGGUUUUUUUGGCAUGUACAGAGGCGCUGCUGUAAAUUUGACCCUGGUCACCCCUGAGAAGGCAAUCAAGCUGGCUGCUAAUGACUUCUUCAGGCAUCACCUCUCCAGAGACGGAAAGGGGCUGACGGUGUUCAAAGAGAUGCUGGCAGGUUGCGGUGCAGGCAUGUGCCAGGUCAUUGUCACCACCCCGAUGGAAAUGCUCAAGAUACAGCUACAGGAUGCAGGCAGACUUGUGGCACAGCAGCAAAAACCCAUCAUGAUGUCUCCCACCAAGCUUGUGGCCACGAACACUGUGCUCUGCCGCUCCUUCAACUCUUGCACGGUGUCCUCCGCACCACGAGCGGUGUCCGCCACACAGAUCGCAAAGGAGCUCCUCCAUACGCAGGGCAUCCAGGGGCUCUACAAAGGGCUGGGGGCAACACUGAUCAGGGAUGUUCCCUUUUCUGUCAUCUACUUCCCGUUGUUUGCCAACCUGAACCAGCUGGGCAAACCCAGUCCCCAGGAGUCGUCACCCUUCUAUUGGGCUUUCCUCUCAGGCUGUGUGGCGGGAUCCACUGCUGCUGUGGCUGUUAACCCCUGUGACGUGGUGAAGACUAGACUGCAGUCACUGAACAAAGGGUCCAGUGAGGAGACUUACAAAGGCGUUGUGGAUUGUGUGAGUAAAAUAAUGCGGAAGGAGGGACCCUCUGCCUUCCUGAAGGGUGCUGGCUGUCGAGCUCUGGUCAUCGCUCCUCUGUUCGGCAUCGCACAGGUUAUGUACUUCGCUGGAGUUGGCGAAUACAUCGUGGACAACUCUCCUCUAAACCUGUUGUUGGCAUGAGAGCAUAUGGACUUGCUGGUUGGCUUUGCAUAGGACCUUCUGAGCGUAGAUGGCGGAACAACUGGCAGCUACUCACCAUCAGUUUACAGCAACAAAAAGUCUUGUCUGACAGUCAGAAAGGCUGAUGAAGACCUACGAUAUCAUCUUCUGCUGUGUUGCACUUAAACACUUUUGUGACUUUUCCAGGAGGCUAUAGCCAAUGUUUGCAUCUGAAGAUGUUAGUUUUACCAGGCGGGGGACUCAGAGUUGCAGUGUUAUUCUUUCUUUGUCCCUGAGACAGUCCUGUUCUGUUUCCCUCUGUGAGGGAGGGGAGCUCACUUAAAUAGACAGACAUAUUUUUGUGUUUUCUUCCAUAUUUCAUAUUUGUAUGUAUGCUAGUUUUAUUUUUGAAUUCCUGAAUGCAGCAGCUUGCAGUACUUUGUGUCCUUUUCCGUUGCUGUCUCAUCUUACAAAGCCUUCAAGUUGGAACAAAGGUUUUAAAAGGGGGACACAUUGGGGCCCAUUUUAUUACAAAGGGAUUGUUUUUAUUUGAGUUGACAUACAUUUCCAGCAAGAACUGUUAGUGUACAUUUCACUGAUCAUGAACCUUCCUACUGACAUGGGACCAUAUGGUUUCACCAACCAUAAACUGUCCUGUUAUAUACUUGAUAUUAACCCUACGAGUGUUAAAUAGUCUGCAGUGUUUGUAUCUUAGUACCUGCAAAAACUUGAGAUGCAUCCAUGCAUAUUAUAUAUGUAUGAGUUUGUCCACAUAACUUCAGUUUAGACAUUUUCAAAUGGAUAUCUGAAUUUGUUUUGGUUUAUGCCUUUUUUAAAGGAGUAGAAAAAAGCAUUAUUACUGUGACUAAGCAUGUGAAAGAUGACUGUUACCAUAUUUUGUGUUUGUGAUGGCUUUUUGUACAUGCCGUGUGUGUGUGUGUGUAAAUAUAUAUAUAUAUAUACAUAAACAUUUGCAAUGUCCUCA